GAUCACAGAACAAAUGGCCAUAUUGGCUUUUUAACAAUUCAUUCAAUAAUGAAAGUAGUAUUUGUUUUCCUUUAUUUUAUGUAAUUGUAGCCUACUUUGCUUCAAACUACUUUGUCUGUGAUUCUUUUGUUUUUAUACAUGUGUUAGAAAUCUCUGCCCCUUGUGCAUUUUAGUGGCAUAGUGAGCCUUUCAUUCCUCCGUGUCAUUUCCAUGCCCUCCCAACGUAAAGGUGUUUGUAACAAGUAGAAGAAAGCAGUGGGUAAAAAAAUAUUUUUCUAAUUGAUUUGAUGCUAUUUCAGGAAGAAGAGUAGAAACAGGAAAGCAAUUUUGAUGAGAUAUUAAAAAAUGUGGCUUUUUACCUGUAGAAGCUUGACGCUCUCCCUUCUAAUACUUUGGGUAAUCCUAUGCAUGUUUACUCAGAAGUACAUCUCCUUCUGUACUUUGGGGCUUACUCCCUAGUAAGCAUGUUUAGGAUUGCAGCCUCAGUGGGUUUUUUCCAUUUAUUAUUGGCCUUCAUUGUCCCUGCAAUGGCCAUUGGAGAAACCAAUCACUCAUUAGCCUUAAGUUUCAAUUAUAUAUUGUAAUUGGGCACUAUUAUGAAAGAAGAUAAUUUUUAAUAAUUUGUAUUGGUAAAAAGAAAAAGAAUGCACAAAAGGAAAAAUGUUAACACUAAUAGCCAGUGGUUUUUGUUUUUGCUGAAUAUUAAUUGUACUGCCUGGAUUGUGUAGGCUAAAACAGCAGUUGAUUUUUUUGUGAAUGAUGUGCUCUGGCCAUUUUAAUUAUGUGCUCUGGCCAUUCUUAUUAAAGUUCAGUGGACCAUUGCAUACAACUUUUUAUGUUUGCAGAUACCUUGUUUGCAACUUACUGACCUGUGUGCUGCUGGUAUGCUCUUUCUUCUCGCCUUCUGUUGUUUCUAGUAAUAGUAUAUAUGUUGGGUUCCCUUUGUAUUAUUCAAACUAAGUCCUACAGUGAAUUAUUUUGCUAAUCUGCCAUAUGUGGUGUUUGCUAGUCUGCCUCUGCUAUUUAAAGAUGCUGUUUCCUUUUGCUUUUUACCCUUAUGCAUGCAGUUUGAACCACAGUAGCUGCUAGUCCAGCUGUGGAAGCCAGAUAAGACUAUAUGUGGUUUCUCUUGUUAACCUGAAGUGAAAGAAGAAAUUCCCAUAAAAUGAAAAAUGGCUGCAGUUGCUGAUGGUGGCGUUAUAAUCAUAAUUACUAUUUGUUGCUUAGGAAUGAAAAAACGUCCCUAUUGGAUAACUUACAGUAUCUGUGGAUGGAAGUGGGUGCUGGAUCUGUUUUUAUAUUGCAAACGCCUUUAAUUUUAUGUAUAGAAACAAGUAGAACAAAGAAUUCACUUCUUAAUUUGGUGUUUGCUUUUGUACAUUUAUUGUAAUUUUUGAAAAAGUAAUCUCAGUGUGUUGAAGGCUGCAAGCAUGUAUGCUUAUAGGGAGUAAGUCCCAUUGAACACAGUGGGAUUUUCCAUAGGAGGACUGCCAUCAAGCGGGUUAUAGCUCCACCUAUCGUCCGAAGGCAAGAAUGUUUUUGAAGUCAAGACUAGGGGCGUCAGGCCCCUCCCACUCUCCAGUUCAUUCUUGCCUUCGUCCAUGCAAGUUGGAGUAUAUAGCUUAGAUAAGUUUCUGUGUAUUUGUGUGACAGGGUGUGGAGGUUUUGUGUGUGUAUUCCCGUUAUUUCCCUUCCCUCUGUCUUUUACUUUAGAGUCUGUGGGACUGACUGACUGUUCUUUGUUUGUCUUUUUGCCUAUUUCUUCCAUCAGUCCCUACCUAUUUACUGGGAGACUGUGGCUGCUGUUCUCCCUUCAUCAGGCAGUGGACGCAGCCUUAAUCCAGGAGCUUGCAGCUGCAGCUCCCUGUUCUGUGCCGCCGCUUUUUUCCAUACUGUUUUCUAGCUGAACGGUGAUUACUGGGAGACCGCGGCUGCGGUUCUCCCUCCCUUAGGCAGCGGACGCAGCCUUAAUCCAGGAGCUUGCGGCUGCAGCUCCCUGCUCUGUGCCACUGUUUUUCCCCAUUCUGUUCCAACUCGCUGCCUGUUUUUUUGCGGCAGCUCUACAGAGCCUGCGGCUGCAGCUCUUUUUACCUUUAGAGUCCCUUUAUACGUUGGUCUGUCCAGCCUCCCCCGGCUCGUUCUGCGGCAUUUUAAAUCUCACCGCGACUGCCUACGGAGCCUGCGGCUGCGGCUCCUUCCUUUCACAGUUCACUUUGCCGUUGGCUCCCCCCCCACUUGCUGCGACUGUUCCAGCGGCUGCAGGGAAUUCUCUCGCAGUUCUGCUUUCGGCAGUGAUUUAACUGGCUGGCCCUUCAAGCCGUGAUUACAUCUCUCAGCCCUGCGGCUAUAGGGCGUAUUUCAGGCCGCUCCCCUGCGACCGUUUUUCCGGCGGUCCCCAUUUUUGAGCUUGCUGGUGCUCUUUUGUGACCGCCAUUGCUUCUUCAUUGCCCUGCGUCUUUCUGAUUGGCUAAAAUUCCCGCUCUUUUUUACGAGCGCCAUUUUGUUCCUCCCCCUUUUUUCCCGCCCUUUCUGUUUAGCCCUUUCUAUAGUAAGGGAUUUUGUUCAAGGCCUUUUCUAUCAGUUUUUCUGUGUGUGUGCUGCAGGGUGGAAUCUAUAAUCCUGCUACAGGUUCUUCACCACCAGCUGCUGACUGAGGCUGAAUAUUGAAGCUGUUUUGUGCUGCAGGGUAGAAUUUAUAGUCCUGCUACAGGUUCUCCACCACAAGCUGCUGACUGAGGCUGAAUAUUGUAGCUGUUUUGUGUAUUCAGCCUAUUUGGAACCGUACAGUCUGCCCCAUCUGUGGCCGUGUACCAAAGCUGUUUGACAUUGUACAUUCUGCCCCAUCCGUGGCCAUGUACUAAGGCUGUCUGGAACUGUAUAUUCUCCCCCAUCUGUGGGCGUAUACUUAGUCAUCUGAGCCGGUGCAUUCUGCCCCAUCCGUGGCCGUGUACUGAGCAUAUUUGGGUCUGUACAUUCUGCCCCAUCCGUGGCCGUGUACUGAACCCCCUUGAAAAUAUAUCAUGGCGGAACAGCCAGCGACAUCUCAGGCAACCAAGCCUAAACAAUCUAAGCCAGCCAAGCACAAGCACACCAAAGCGGUUGCCAAAACUAAACAUCUGUCCAGCCACAGCACAACCAAGCGGGCACACUACGUCUCUGUUCCGGUUUCUGAGGAGGCAGGCCAGGAACAGUUAACAAAUCUCUUUCAUUCUCCGACUGCAUCCUCCGAGGAGGACUUUGCAGGGUUUCCUGACCAGCCAGCAGCCAGCCACCAUCCUCCCAUAUUACCACCUAGGGCUCAUUCAUCUUCCCAACCUGCUGAACUGCACAUACCGUUGCCUCUCCAAGCACUACCAUCUAACACACUGGGGCCGCAGCUGUCUCAUGAGUUCAUAUCACAACUACAAGACAUGCUGGCGUUCUACACUCAAACACAGCCACAGUCACCAGCCCCCGCCGUUCCUCAGCGGAGUGUGGACCACCAUGUGCGCAAUGAGACAGAUCCCUCCUGCUCUCCGAAUCCUUUUGACAUUGCCAGGGGCAGGUUUGUUGAUGACGCUUCUUGUGGGGAGGAUCCACCAUUUGCUACUCAAGCCGAAGGAGUCGAAUGGAGUGAUCAGUCGGAACAGGAGGAGGAUACAUCUUAUCGCCUGUUUGAUGCCUUAGAUUAUCAGCCCCUUGCUCGCAGAGUAUUGAACACCCUUGGUCUCCAAUCUACACAACCUGCAGCUGCCACUCCCGCUAUUAAAGGGGCCAGGGUCUUGAAAUCCCCCACACCAGCAGAGCACUACCUUCCUGUGCCAGAUCCUAUUGCUAAGCUGGCCAAGGACAAAUGGUCUCAUCCAUUACAAACAUGCCGUUUUAACGCCCUUGUGGACAGACUUUACUUUUUGGCUCCGGACUUUACAAGCAGACCGGCCGUCCCUGGCAUAGAUGAGCCGAUCUCCAGUCUAGUCUCUAUAUCCCUUUUGCCGAGGGAAGGAGAUUCACAUUUAAAGGACGCCACUGAGCGGAGGUUGGACUUUGCCUUACGCAAGAACCAUGAGGCCACCGCUUUCUCCAUGCGAGCCUCUGCAUCAGCUUCCAUCUUUUCCAGGGCAGCAAUGAUGUGGUUGGAUGACCUCUUAGAUGAUCCUAAUCCUGAUCCUGUCUCUCUGAGGAGGUCACUGAUGAAAUUGCGCAAGACAGCGGCGUUUGUGGCUGAUGCCACCUUCGACACAAAUCAGCUGGAAGCACAAGCUAUGGCAGCUCAGGUAGUCGCUCGGUGGACCCUCUGGCUUCGUCACUGGCAAGCGGACUCUACAGCCAGAGUUAAUUUAUCAAGGGCACCUUAUUCCAGCUCAUUACUCUUCGGCGAGGAAGCCCUAAAGGCAGUGCUUGUUGACCCCAAGGAUGCUCGAAAGCCUGUCUUGGCCACUGUCAGGAACGUUGAUCGCAGGCCUUUCAGAGGUUUCACCUCAUACCGCACGACCCAGCCCUUUCGAGGAAUGCGGCCCGGGGGACGAGGCCGCGAUUUCCGAACCUAUGAUUUCCGUCCCUCCAGGGGAGUCUGGAACAGACGUUUCCCAGGCAGAGGCCUACGGCUGGCUAGUCAAUUUCGACAAAAGCCAUCUCCAACCAACCCAACACCUACAACAUCUAGGGGUGAUGUUGGACACCCUGCAGGCGACGGUGUUCCUGUCUCCAGACCGCAUAACUGCUAUCACAGACAUCUCAUGGUCUCUGAUGCACCACGCAACCGCAGACGUCAUGCUUCUAGCCAGGGCUCUCGGAAUGUUGGUGUCCACCAUCCAUAUUGUGCCAUGGGCUCGAGCUCAUACUCGCCAACUCCAGUGGGCUUUGUUGCCGUUUCAGCAGGACAUUGCCAGGUCAAAUCAUCAAGCAAUUCCCUUGAGCCCCGCACUGCGUCUUUCAUUCCGUUGGUGGACGAGGGUCCAACAUCUCACCCAGGGCACUCCGUUCAGAGAACCCCGCAGGACUGUUAUCACCACAGAUGCCAGUCUCCUCGGCUGGGGAGUCCACUGCAACUCCCAGUUCGUUCAGGGGGUUUGGACCACAUCAGAGCAGACUCAGAGCAUCAAUUGGCUGGAACUGAAGGCUGUCUGUGAUGUUCCUGUAUUAAUGUAAAUAUGUCUCUGUUCCACUUGGACCAUGUUCUCAUUCGAACGGACAACACGUGUGCCAAAUCUCACUUAAACAGACAAGGGGGGACCAGGUCCCGUCCUCUGCAGAACCUAGCUUCCCUCAUACUCGACUGGGCAGAGCAACAUCUGCAAUCCUUAAAAGCAGAACAUCUCAGAGGAAUUUGGAAUGUGACAGCAGACUGGCUCAGCAGACAACAGGUCUUUCCGGGAGAAUGGAAACUUCAUCCGACCAUUUUCCAUCUUCUCCAGUGUCGGUUCGGCGUCUUCUCAGUCGAUCUAUUUGCCUCCAGUCGCAAUUGCCAGCUACCCAGGUACUUCGCUCGAUACCUGGACAAGACAGUGGAAGCGGUGGAUGCCCUGUCGCUACCGUGGCCGGAUGGCCUAUUGUACGCCUUCCCUCCAAUACCACUGUUAGCCAGAACCUUGAGAAAGGCGCGACGCGAGAGGGCCAAACUGGUUCUGAUAGCUCCAUAUUGGCCCCGUCGACCGUGGUUCUCGGAUCCCCUUGCCAUGUCAGUGACGGACCCUUGGACACUCCCGGUCAGGCCAGACCUCUUAUUCCAGGGCCCAAUAUUGCAUCAGGAUCCCAAUUGGCUCAAGCUAACAGCGUGGCUUUUGAACGGGGACAUUUAAGGUCUGCUGGCCUGUCUGACGCUGUUAUUGACAUUAUCUUGGCCUCAAGAAGACCAUCCACCACCCGUAUAUAUCAACAUACUUGGGUGGCAUUCUCCAGGUGGUGUCAGUCCCAGCACCUCGAUCCUUCCCAGGCCACAAUACAACAGGUGCUGCAAUUCCUUCAUAGGGGCCUCUUGAUGGGACUUAGACCCAACACCUUAUGUAGACAUGCGUCCACUUUGUUGUCCAUUCUCUCAGUGUCCUCCGCUGGUGCUCCUAUUGCCUCGCACCCGUUCAUCAAACGUUUUCUGAAGGGAACCGCGCUACACUCACCGGCUGUAUUCCACCGUUUUCCCUCAUGGAGUUUGUUGAAGGUCCUUCAGGCUUUACAACGCCCUCCGUUCGAGCCCCUUAGGACUGUGCCUUUACGUCUGUUGUCAUUCAAGGUCCUGUUCCUGAUCGCGAUCACCUCUGCAAGACAAGUUUCGGAACUGGGCACAUUGUCUUCUGCCCACCAUCUCUGUGUCUUUCACAAGGACUUUGUUGUGCUGAAGACUGAUCCUUCCUUCCGUCCCAAGGUCAAUGCAGUUUUCCAUUGCAACCAGGACAUUGUUCUUCCUUCAUUUUGUCCGAAUCCUACCCAUCCUCUAGAGAAGGCUUGGCAUUCAUUGGAUGUUCGGAGGGCUCUCAAGACCUACCUGUCUAGGACCCAGGAUAUACGACAAACUGAGUCUUUGUUUGUAUCCUUUCAUCCACGUUCUAUGGGGCAUAAAGUAGCUAAUUCCACCUUAUCCUGCUGGUUGCGUGCAUGUAUUACCUUAGCCUAUGAGUCCCUUAAGCUUCCAGUCCCAGCUAGUAUAACAGCUCAUUCCACUAGGUCAGCGGCCACUACGGCUGCUUUUGCUACCAACGCUCUUGUUGCUGAUAUUUGCAGAGCUGCUGUUUGGUCUACCCCACACUCGUUUAUAAGGCAUUACAAAAUAGAUCGUUAUGCCUCUGCCGAUGCCUCUUUUGGCAGACGAGUGUUGCAACAGGUUCUUAAUGAUGAUUAGGAUGUGGGUGGUCCCUC